AUGCCCUCGCGCUCAACCCCUCCUCCAAAAGGCGUAGUAUUUCCUCAAAAUGACAGUGCCACAUACAGAGAUCUUCUCUUGUUUGAGGAGAGGCUCAAAACGACUGCGGCAAGCCUCCAGCGCCGUAAAUCGCGGUACCAAAUAUUCCUACUUCAAUUACUCAUCGUCAUAGCAUUUCUUCUCUGGGAAGUUCUGUUACCACCAGAGAAUUCGCUCCUCGUUGUUCCAUGCAAGAUGGUUUUGCAGCGGGUGCUGCCUAGCGUCUAUACCACGGAGAAAGACGUGGUCUUCCCUCCGUAUUUUGCGAGUGGUCUUCUAUUUGUGAGUGUCACGACACUCGUUUUGUUCUUCGCCAGUGGGAUGUACUCGGAGAAGAUUGGCUAUGCAAACAAAUAUGUACCACACGCGAACCGCGCCUUGCGUUCAUUUAACAUGUACCUCAACGUCCGUAGACCACCCCUCCGAUCAAAGUUCUACUGGAACCCCAUAACGUUCUUCUUCCCCCGCCCAGCGGAGGUGUCCCCCAAUGCAUCCAGAUCCAACUCACGCUCGACCUCCCCUGAGGCCCGCGCGCGAUCAGCCUCCACCUCGCGGCCGAUACCCACGAUACCACCAGCAGCUAACCCGCGGGGCGAGCUGAUAUUCUCAUCAAAAGUGGACAAAAGUUUCAGGGAGGGUUAUGAACGUCACAGGGCGACAUUUGAGCGGAAACGGGAAGAGAAGGAGAGGGCAGAGAUGAGGAAGACGUGGUUAGGUCGGAUGGCAUUUUGGGAUCGGGAGGGGAGCCCGACGACGCCACCUGCUAGUGUCACGCCGACCGUGCCUUCGAGGACCGCGUCAGUGAGCUCGUCGAAGGGUAAGGGUGGAGGAAAUUCAAGAAGUGGGACGCCUCCGACGACAUCUGCGGGCGGGAUUGUGAUGAAGCCGAGAGACAGAAGUCGAUCACCAAGGUCUGGUGAUAAAAGGGAUGGGACUCCACCAAGGAGGGAGAAGGGCAGUAGGAGGGACAAAGAUUCGGGUAGCGAGGCGGAUAUGAGAACCGUGGCGCUGGAAAGAAGCUUUGGGCAGGAUCAAGUAAACAGAGGUAGCAGACUUCCGGUUGAAUGA